AUGAAUGCCACCAUGUGGAUAAGUGUCUUUUUAUUUAUCCUUGGUUUCGUUAAUCUUGCGAUAUCGCAAUCAUCCAGCGUCACUCCGCGAUACGGCCACACGGCGACUAUAGUCGAUAAUACCUUAUAUAUAAUAGGAGGGAACUCUGACCAAAGUACCUUUAUAUCAGAGAUGAUUACCAUCGACUUGACACAGUCAUUUAAUACUACUGAUCCCGAUUGGGUUGUAGUAAAUUCAAAAGACAUACCGAAAGUUAGUGGACAUUCUGCUGUGGUCGGCGGAGCAUCUUUGAAGGAAAUUGUUGUCUUUGGAGGACAAGCACCAAUGCCAAUGGCUCAAAAAAGUCUUUUCGUUUACAGCACUGCAAAUAACACUUGGGAUAACAUACAACUUCCCCAGGAGCCUGUGCGUCGAUAUCAUCAUUCGGCGAUCGCUAAUGCAAUGGGUCACAUGAUCGUAUUUGGCGGGAUGAUAGAUUCGAGUGUAGGUGCAGUAGCUUCCUAUGUUGCAGACGAUUACUGGAUAUUUGACACUGUCAUGUUAAAUCAAUGGCGUGGAUUUCCGUGUAUUUCUACUACGCCUGGAAGGAGACGACGGCAUACUGCAAGUGUAAUUGGGACGAAAAUGUUUAUUAUUGGUGGGAUGUCUGAAAACGGCAAUCUUACGGAUUUGGAUGGUUUGUAUGUAUAUGAUAUGAUUUCAGCCGUCUGGUCGUCGCAGUCUGUCGCAGGCCCUAUUCCGAAAGCGAGAUGUGAUCACAGUGCUGUUGUCUAUAAGGAUACAAUUAUAAUAUAUGGUGGGACGGCAAUUGAAGGUGAUGCAUUCGGUGAUGUCGCUGUGUUGAAUACGACAUCUUUAUCAUGGACUUUACCAGAUACGGUAAACCCUCCGCCUCCCAGAUGGAAGCACACUGCAAGUAUAUUUGGUGACAAUAUGCUUGUAGCCUUCGGACGAGUUGGUGCAGGGGCCGACUCGCAUAUGUAUAUAUUAACAAUCAGCAACUGGACAUGGAUUAACGUGUUUAAUUCAUCCGAAGACCCCUCAUGUAAUAAUAAUCCUGCAAAUACACAACCAGCUCCAGUUGUAGAAACGUGGAGCCACAAAAAACUCUGGAUAGGACUUAUGGCUGGUGCAGCUGUGUUGAUCACCGCUCUGUUGGCUAUAAUAUUUAUCAUUCUCAGAUGCAGAAAAGAACCACCAAAACAAACAUUCGAAGUCAUUCGUCAUAAUAGCCGUUAUAAUAAUGCGCUUCCCCCUAUGUCUGCUGUUGCACCACGGAAUCGACCACCCAGUAUACAAGUAAUAGACUCUCCUUACGCAGAUCGAUUCUCAGUCCCGUCAACGCCUCUCACCCCAGGCACCCCUGGGACACCUGGAACGCCUGGGACACCAAACUCGUUAUGCAGAUUACUAUCAAAUUGGAGUCCACGUGUCUCGAGGCAAUUCAAUUGCACAUCAGAUCCACUGCCAUCGCCUUCGCUAUCCUCUGAUGGAGGAAGUAGUAUGCUUGAUGUUUCACGAGAAAUGACUUUGAUACGAGGCCCGUUAGAACGAUUCGCGGAAGGGUUUGGAAGAAGUCUUGGAUCUCUAGAUCAAAUCGAUGGAAUUGAUUAUGAUGUACAGACGAGGGAUAGUAUUAUUGUUAAUAGGUUGCCCCUUGUUGUAGUUAAUCCUGAUCGACAGACGGACUUGUCUUCGGAAGAAGAAUAG